AAUCUCCAUCACAUCUGGGGUUGUCAUGUUUUAGAUUAUAUUUUGCACGAGGCAUAUCACGAGUAAAGCAUCAUUCCGGCUACCCUUGUAAGCUCGAGCUUCAUAAAUGGAGAUAGUAAGUACAGCAAUUGGGGUGGUUGGGUUGGCCACCCUAUUUAAUACUUGCAUAGAGACCCUGGAUACACUCGCCGCGGCUGCAAGACACAGCGUCGAUCGCGAGAUCCUCCAGACAAAGAUUGAAAUUGAACGGCUACGACUUAUUAUCUGGGGACCAGGGCUGACUAAUAUCGACCCUAAUCAACCCGAAGAUGAGAUCAUGAGACUGCCAAUGAACUCGACCUUCUCGACGAAUCCCUCCGAGGCGCGCCCUGCGACCGGCUGUGGCAGGCCUUUUAGCCUGCUUCGCCCACUAUAUUGAUAUUGAACAGCUCCAGAGCCGAUAUGGCCCGAUAGCGCAGAAGGAAAGUCAAGUCAAGCAAAGUAUACCGGCGUCGACAGAAGCACCAACGCGAGAGAUCGUCAAGGUUCGCAGAAGGAAGGCUCGGCAUCGUGUAUCCCGAGGCCUCAUGUUGGAAUGUCCGCUCUGUGUUAGGCAAGGUGCU